CUGUAGAGAAGCCGCACUUCCACAAAUGUAAUUAAAAAUUAAAUGGAAAAUGAAAAAAUAAAAGAAAAAAUCACGCCCCACUUGGAUCUUUUAUAUGCUUCUCCUUCCCCACAUGUAAAAAGCUUUCUUUCUUUCUUUCUCUCAUCCUCUUCUGGGUCAAUUUUCACGACACUGAGAAAUAGUCACCAAUUCCUCCCAAUGGCAGAAACCCAACCAGACCAGUCCCCGACCCGACCCGAACCUCAAUCCGGGUCGGACCAGUACUGGUGCUACCACUGCGACAAGCGCGUGGCCGUUGAAAUCCUCUCAGAUCUCCCCGAUGUCGUCUGCUACGAGUGCAGAGGCGGUUUCGUCGAGUCUAUUUCCGCCGCCGUCGUCCCCGCUCUGGCUUCCGACGAUUCCACUCUCGGAGACCAGUUCAUCCAGGUCCUCCGCCUCAUCGCCCAGGUCGCCCGGGAGGAGGAGGACGACGCGCCGCCUCCUGUCCCGUCCGAUCCGUCCGAUGAAGACUACCUCCGCAUCGAGCUCGACGGAUGGGACAACGACGAUGACGACGAUGAAGACGCAGAUGAAGAUGACGACGAAGACGCGGAAGAAGAUGACGACGAGCAUUCGGUCGAAGUCGUCCACGAGGCGGAGGAGGCGGCGGCGGCGGCUGAUAACACCGACCACGAUGCUGAAAACAAUAGAUCCGACGACGAUGAUGAGGAAGAGGACGGAAUCGAAGUGGUGGAGCCACGUGGCGGCGGAGAUGAAGACGAGGACGAGAUGCGGAGAAGGCGGCGCGACUUGCUCAGGAUCCGUCUCAGAGAUUUCGCCACACGCGCGGCCAGCAGGCGCAACAGAAUUCUCGAUUGGGCUGAAAUUUUAAUGGGCCUCGAGGACCACUCGAUCGAGCUCAGAUUACAGGUUCCAGAAUCCGACACCUACGUCGGCAAUCCAGGUGAUUACGUGGACGCCGCCGAAUACGAAGCCUUGCUGCAAAAUCUAGCCGAGACCGAUAGCGGAGGGAGGCGUGGUGCACCACCAGCUGCCAAAACGGCUGUCGAGGGUUUGGAGAGUGUGGUUAUCGAGAAAGAAGAGAAUCCGAUGGCGUGUGCAAUAUGUAAAGAUGUGGUGAAUGUGGGCGAAAUCGCAAAGAAUUUACCCUGCGGGCACGGAUAUCAUGGUGAAUGUAUUGUACCCUGGUUGGGUGCACGGAAUACCUGUCCGGUUUGUCGGUUUGAGUUGCCUACAGAUGAUCCAGAGUAUGAAGAAGAGAGGAAGAAGAGAGUGGUGGUUGCAGGUUUGAAGGCAGCUUCGUCGAGUACCUCUUCAUCCGGUGGCGGUGGUGUUGGUGGCGAUUCCAGCUUGGAGUGAAUAAUAAUGCUGGGAACAAUUGGUUGUGUACUUGCUCGUUGUGGGAUUAGGUGAGCUAAUUAUGAUUUGGUUUUCUCUCAUUUGUAAAUAACAAAAACUUCCAAGUUGAAACAAUUUCCCAUCAAGUUCAAUAUGGUAAAGCACUUGUAACUUGUCAGAGCUUGCAAUUGUUCUUUCUUGCUUUUGUUUAUUGUAGGAAUGAGUAGAUGAUGUUUGGGUUUUUUUU